ACUUACGCGAUUCCAACUUUUGUGCGCCACAUCAAGUACAAGUAGAAGUGGCAUGAAUGCCCACAUAUUUAACGAGUGUACAGGCAAACAAUGAGGAGGAAAUAUCUUGCUGGAAGAUUCAGAGUCGGUCACAAGACAAUCAGCUCCACCAUGGAGCCAACUAAUAGCGUCAGGAUUAACCAGCUCGAAAUGCCGCUGCAGCAGCCGGACCUGAUGUUGGCGAUCGUGUUGCUGUUCCACAUCGCCACUCUACGACAGCUUUUUCGACAGUGUUACCCUGAGCAUCAAUGCAGCCUAACAAUUGCUGCCUGCUCGGAAUAUGUGCCCGAAACGAUAAACCACACCAAACAUUUCAUCCACUUCCUCUUCCUGCAGCGAUCGAGUUUUUGUGAUGUCCUACCAGAGUACGUACCAAGUGCUCGUGCCAGCUAAACGAGCACAAAGCUGGUGUAUCAGUUCAUCUCGACAGUACAAUAGCUUUACGAUUGAUAUUGUGAGUUCUACUCGAAAUUUCCAUGCGGUUCUUUGACCCUCCAGCUUCCUGUUCAAUACAUAUACAUGAAGAGCAU